AAGCCCUUAAAGGGACCACGACACCUUCGCUUCGUUUUCACGCCACCACUCCUCCCCGCGUCCCUCCUGCAAUUUGGUGUGAUGACGCUUCCGGAGCCCGAGCUGAGCAGCUGCAAAUCUUCAGCACAUUGAGCCUGGGUUGUGUGCAGGUCACAUCUGCUGAAGAGGGAUGAAAAUGUGGAGUGCUGACAAUGCACAUUAACAAGAAGCGGCUGCACCUUCAUAGCAGAGCAGAUGCUUUGCAUGCAUAUAUUUCUAGGUUCAAUUUCCAGCCAAAGGGUCAGAUAGCAGGUGACCGGAAAGACUUCUGCCUGGAACUUUGGAGAGCUACUGCCCAUCAGAAUAAAUACUAAACCAGAUAGAACAAUGGUCUGACUCUGUGUAAAGCAGCUUUGUAUGUUCAUAAGAAGCAAAACUGCAUUUGCAAAGAGCUGCCUCCUUGCUGAUUUUUUUAACAAAAAAAAUGAAAUUUGCUUUUGUUAAAGCAAAUUGACAUGUACAGUGAGGGGUAUUUUUUUUACCUCUCCAGUGGAACAGGUGCCAACUACUGUGUUUUACUAUUACGAUGACAACCCACCGGGCCAAAAAUUGAAAACUGACAGACUCUAUAGUGUUUGAAUCCCAUAAAGAUGAUACUGUAUGGCUGGGAAAUUCCUAGGACUUAACUAAUCACACAGUUGAACAAAUUCAUGAUUAGACCUGGAGGUUUCAUCAUCAUCUGGAAACAAUGUCCCAACUUUAUAACAUGGCAAAGGCCCUUGGGGCUGAAGAAUGAGCUUUUCUUGCAUUAGGCUUAGUAAGAUCUGCUUCCUGCUCUCAGUUAUCAUUUGCGCCAUUCUGCUCUUGCUAAUCCCCAAAUUCCAGACCAGUUGGAGACCUAAAAGUUAUCCACAGCCACGACCACUACUUGUUUUUAAUGGUUCCAUAAAGAGUGAUACCCCACUACAGCAGGUGGAAUCCAGCUCAAUUGAUCAUUUGGAUGAUGAGACUAACAAUAUAGUGUCUUUGGUGAAAGAGGAACUGGUAGAAAAAUGGAGUCAGUAUAUCAUAGACACUGGGAGAUCCAGCCUGAAAACUAAUAAAAAGAUGAAUGGGAGCCCAAGCAAUCCAUUGCAUGAUGUGAUGAAAGACCAUCUGGAACUUUCUGAACUCACUACUAAGGAAAAGCUGGAGUUGAAGGAUCUCUUCAUUGCUGUGAAAACAACAAGGAAGUACCAUAAAACAAGGCUAAACUUGCUCUUGCAGACAUGGAUUUCUCAGGCCAAGGGGCAGGCGUUUAUAUUCACAGACUGGGAAGAUCAAGAGCUACAUCUCGGAGCAGGGGUCCAUGUAAUCAAUACCAACUGCUCAGCUGUUCACACCCGCCAAGCUCUCUGCUGCAAGAUGUCGGUGGAAUAUGAUAAAUUCCUAGAGUCUGGGCGAAACUGGUUUUGUCAUGUGGAUGAUGACAACUACGUGAACCUGCAGAAUCUCCUGCGUCUCCUUUCGGCUUUUUCACACAGUCAAGAUGUAUAUUUGGGGAGACCAAGUCUCGACCAUCCCAUUGAAGCAGCAGACCACGUCCGGAAUGAUGGAUCAACCACUGCAAAGUUCUGGUUUGCCACAGGCGGUGCAGGAUUCUGUAUCAGCAGAGGCCUUGCCCUCAAGAUGAGCCCCUGGGCUAGCCUUGGGAGCUUCAUCAGCACUGCAGAGAGGAUUCGCCUCCCUGAUGACUGCACCAUUGGCUACAUCAUUGAGGGGCUUUUGGAAGUGAAACUGCUGCACAGCCCCUUGUUCCACUCUCAUCUGGAAAACCUGCAGCGGCUGCGUGGCGAAGCCGUGCUCAAACAGGUUACCUUGAGUUAUGGUGGUCCCGAGAAUAAACGUAAUGUUGUGAACAUAGGUGGAGUGUUCAGUGUGCAACAAGAUCCAACCCGAUUCAAAUCUGUCCACUGCCUCCUCUACCCUGACACUGUAUGGUGCCCCACUAUAAUGGUGAAAUGACUUCUACCCUAAUUUUCACAUGUAUCUCCUGUUAUUGUUUUUUGAAUGAACACCUAAGGCCAGCUUUUGGAGGAGAAGAGCAAAGUCAAAGCAAGUUCCUAACCACAUCAGUCACUAUUGGAAAUUAUCUUUGUGAAGAUCUCUAGCCUUGAAACGUAUUUGCAACCCUCUUUUCAUCCCUUUUCCAAUCUCAUAUAUGUCCUAUUAAGAUAACAGCCUAAUCUCUACUGCAACCUUCCUGAAACUGGUGCCUUCCAGAUGUGUUGAACUGCAACUCCCAUCAUCCUUUGCCAGCAUACUGUUUGGGGAUGAUGGGAGUUAUUCCAACAGGUCUGGAGGGCACCAGUUUGGGAAAGACUGCCCUACUGAUACUGCGUUUGUGAAACCUCAGGAAUGCUACAGUCUGGCACUGUAGCAAUAUUAUAGAGAGCCAAUUUUUCUUUCUAUCAGUAUAUUUGGAGCAAAGUAAAAAGGGGGGUUUAUACGCACGUGGGAAGAUGAGUUCUGAUUUGGAAAAGCAGUGUAAUGAAGAAACUGGCCUCUUUGUUCUGGCUCAGCAUCUGUAUCCUUCUGGGCCCACACUGGAAAUGCUAGAGAUUGCUGCCUCGCUAGUGCAUAUAAGACCAGUCUUCAAAAGACCCAGUCUCAGAAUUAUGCUGCCCCUGUGUUCUCGGUAUAACAGACCCUCUUGACUUUAUGGCCUCUUAGGCCUUAGCUAGACCUAAGGUUUAUCCCAGGAUUGUCCCGGUGUCAUCCCUGUUCAUGUAAAUGACACACAGGGGAUCCCAGGAGCAGGCAGGGACGACCCCGGGAUGAUCCUGGGAUAAACCUUAGGUCUAGCUAAGUCCUUAAAAGCUGACUGAUACAUGUACUGAUUAUCACUUUUGCCUUGGAUAUUCUGUGCCCUAACCACUAAGUAUUUCAGGAUAGUUGAAACCCAGCACAUAUGUUGGCUGGACCACCAUAUGAUCCUUGCUUUUUAUAUUGCAGCUGGUCUCCAUAUGUUAAUGCAUUCCACAAUCAAUAGGAGGGCUUUAUAAGGAAAGAAUAUUUGUUAACUUGUUCAGGGGCUGGGGAAGUGUGUUCCCAUUUAAGAGCCUGAUUCUUCCAUGAUUGACUGGAUCAGCUCUGUGAAGGCCACUUCUGAGCCCCAGAGCUGAGAAUGUUUAAUAUCUCCUGCAAUUUGUCUUGAGCCAGCAUACAUGAUAGAUCGCACACUGCCACCAUACAGACGUAGCAUAAUCCUCCUUGUAAAUAUUGUAGCAGCAUUCACCAAAAAGACAGAAGGUUGCAUUUGGAAUGAGGUGAAGGACUACUGUGUUGCACACAGUCCUGAGAUGAAAUAAAUAGUAGAUAUGUUGACAAACAGUUAGCUUAGCAGGCCUUUCACCCCCACGGAAGCAACAUAGGUGAUAGUCUGAUCCCUAAAAUGAAGAUACUUUGUGUGUGAAAUCUUAUGGAAGAAGUGCUGAAAAUCAUUUUUUGGAAAAGCCUAAGUAAGCAAUUCGUGGUUGCGAUGAAGACAGUGUAAGCUCUUUGCAAUAUUUAUUUCGACCAUACUUUUUGAACAAGUAUUACACCCAUCCCUUCUUCACAAAAGAGAAGGAAUUAAAGGAUGGUUUUAGAAUAAUUUCCUUAAAUGUUUGUUUUUAUAGCUUUUGUGCCCAGUAAACACAAUGUACCUCUGGGGAACGUGACUACCAGAUAUGCCUGCAUGCUGCAAGCUGCAGAAAAAUAGUUAUGAUUAGGGAUACUUGCCUACUGAUGUUUGACAAUGGUAGUAUGACUCUUUUUGGACCCUAUGAUGGCAGCUGCUUGUACUACUAUAUCGAUGUCAGGCAUUCCUGCCACAGUUGAUGCAUCUCUUAUUUUGACAGAAUUGUCCCCUAGAGGGAUGACUUUGGAACAGAGUAUUUGCUAUGAACCUUUUCUGAGGUAUGAGAGUGCCAUUUGACAUCAACUUUUGAAUCUGAGAAUUUCCUCUUAUUAAAACUCUGAUAAUUGCAGGUG